UUCACAUAGAUUUAUCAAUCUCUGCAUUUUAUUUUCUAAAUUCCCUGUAUACAAAAACCAUUUAUGUGUCCAAUAUAAAUUCUAAAAUCCUCAUUGUUUUAUUACUUUUUCAUAAAAAACAAAUCUAAUAUUCUUCUUCGUAUCGGUAUAGAAAUAUUACUUUUAUCACGAACUCGUCCACUGAUAUUGAUCGUGAAGCCGGCCCUAUUAUGUUAUCGAGGCUAAAGUAUGGUGGAUGCGUCGAGAACUUUUAGGUGGACGCUAAUUCUUUUUAUAUUGCUUACCUGUUUACACCGUGUUGUUCUAGGACGGCUUUUUUACGGUACUCUAGAGAGAGCCAGAAUCAGUGAUUAAUUUGAUGUCAUAUUGAACACAUCGGGAUAGUAAAAAAAACCAAGAGGUGCGUAUUCAAGUAAAUUAGUGUGAUGAGAAUUAACCGUAUAAGUAUUGGUGAAUAGUUUAGUGACAAGUGUUCGUGGAUAGUUUAGUGUUGGUGUGUAAAUUAAUUACAUAAGUAAAAUAGACCCUGUCUAGAAAUUCAUCCCACCGUUAAAAAUUGUUCAAAUAAAUAAGAAGUAUAUUACAUUGGUGUCAGGUAUGGGUUUAUAUAAAUAAAUAGUAACGUAAAAAUGGCCAAGAAACUAGGUAAACUGAAAGUGACGGAACGAAAACAUCUGAUAAGAAGAAUAAAUUAGUAGAAAAGCUCAAGUGGCAAUAGUAUGUGACAGCUUUGAUCUAGAGACUUUUCUCUCCAAGGACGAGGCUUCGGACUAUGUGGGAUGAUAUUUUGAUCAAGAAGGAAGGUAUUUCGACUACGAAGAACAAAUUUCUGCUAAUAUCGAUAAGAGGAUUUCGAGUGUACAAGAAUGUAUUGACAUUGCCACUGAAGUAAAAAGUAAAAUAUAAUAUCCAGAAUCGGAUGUCGAGAAUGAAAUAGAAAGAGUUAUCGAGAAUAAUAUGACAACGAUGGACGAGAAAACCAAGGAGUCAGAGAAAAAGAUUGCAGAUUUAAGAGCACAAAACACUGCAGCAGAAGAAAAGAUGAUUAAACAUAUAAUAUCUUACAAUCUACCAAAGAUAUUGGCAGUUUUGUCCGAGUCAAGGCCGCAAGGUUUGACGGUAAGACGUUAUAGAUAAAUUGAUUAAUUGGUUCGAUAAAGAAAAACCAGUGAACGUAACUAUCACAUUACAAGGAAACACCUUAAUGUAUUCCAGACGAUACUUCUUGAAAAAAACUGAUGACUUCGAGUAGCUGAAGAAGAGAUUAACUUGCGAUAUGGACACGAAUAGUUAGAGCAUUUGUAUUAAUUUCAACUGAAGAACCGAAGGCAGAAACCGUUCCAGGUAUGAAGUAGACAUUCCCUAUCUAUCAGUACCAGAGAACAUGAUGGAAUGUUUCAACGCCCAGGUAUUUAUUGAUGGCCCAUGUUACCACGAUAUCCAGUGGAGACCUCGUUUAGCCCAUCCGAAAACUUUAAUAGAUGCCUUGACAGUUGCUCUUGAAUAUGAUGCAGCCACGAAGGGCUCGGGAUUUAACAGGGAUGCAAUUAUACAAGAAAAAGGUGACGAGUGAACUGGACUUUAAUAAAAGGUAAGGUUCACAAGAAGCUAAAGAAGAUCAGACGUCUGAAUUAUGGUAGGCUAGGGCAUUUAUGUUAUUGUUGUGAGCCUCCUAGGUCCGCAAACCGUAAGCUCCAGUCAAAAAGAAAAAUAGAACUGGUAGACUACAAGGUGGUAGCACAGACAAAGGAUCAUAACUUUGCCUCUUACUACUGUAGUCACCUUCUCUAAACGGCCGUAUCCAGUAGACUAUUCCCAUUGCAACAUGGCGGAAAAUGAGGAAGUUAUAGUUUCAAGAACUAUAGUAGUCAACAAAGGAUGGUCAACCAUUAGGAUCAGAGAAGAUCGGGAGAAUGAUCGUUUGCUAAUUCGGUAAUGGACGAAAGAAAAUUUAAAAACUGGGUUAUACUAUUGCAUGUGCAUCCUUCCUGAACUUUUCUUUCUAUCAAUAACAAGUUUGAAAACGAAUACGUCAUUGAUGAACUAGACAUACUUUCGAGAUUUUUUAUAUUUUAUUCUACUUAAGGUGACCUUUGAAAGCCUAAUUCAUUUUCAUUCAUCCAUCAAGUACAGUGUGGUAAGAUUACAGAAGAAAAUAAUUUUGCAAUUCUGAUUGUGGAAUCAAGUAUGAAUGAAAAAAUGGUGUAUAGACCGAUUUUGAUUAAUAUUUUUCAAAACAAUGUAUACUGCAAGUGUUUCAUUUUAAUAUGGAUAAGAUAUUAUGGAAAACAGUAGGCAUUUAUAAAAUUUUUAAAUACUAAUCUUUGAUUACCGAGGAUUUCGUUAUCACAAGUCUAAUCAUAGAUUAUAUAUAGAUUAUCAAUAUCAAUAUUAACAAUUUCUAUUGGUAAUAUUUAAAGUACGUCAUUGUUUAAAAUGUCUCAAAUGAUAAUUUUCAAUUCUGCUGAUGAUAACAUUCGCAAUAUUAUCCUAGCGAACAUAUAUACUAAUGAUGAAGUGUAUUAUCUUAUCUAAUGAAACAAAUAAAAUUGUAGAAAUUUAGUUGUCACAAGAAAGGUAUUAUUUGAACAAUUUCGUAAUAAAAUGGUGUUUUGUUUGUGCAGGCGUCGUGGCUUCAAUGAAACUUUAGUGAUAAACUCAAUUUCUAAAGGCCAAUAUAAAACGCGAGAUGAAAAUAAACAUAAAAUAAUCAACAUAAAAAUUAAGCCUAUCACAGAUGGAGAACAAGAAGACGGACUAAAAGAUGUGAACAAAACGAAAAUUUUAGCUAAUGGAGGUCCUCCAAAUGCUACGCCUCAACCAAACUAUAACAAUUCAGUGGUAAACCCAAACCUCCAGUUAUCAAAUUCAGAAGAUGAAGAUUAUUUGAAUCCAGAUAGAAAUAGUAUUUCCAAAUCAUCUACUGAAAGAGUUUCUUUAAAAUCAAUCGAUACGGAAAAUCAACGCUCAUCAACCCCAGAUUUGGACACUUCUGCCGUAGAACCUAAGCCAAAAAGUGGGAAACCAAAUUCCAAGAAACAUAAAGCUCCACCUCCUCCACAAGUAUCCGAUCAACAAGUUGAUACAAGGAAGUCAAAUGCAUCCGAAAUCGAUAUUUCUUCUUCAGAUCAAAAUGAAAAUAUGGCAUCGGGAAGUAUAUCAGUAUCCAGUGUUGAGAAUGAUGAACAAAGAAGAGAAGGUAUCGCAGUUCGUAUCGAUGCAAAUUUGGACGAAAAACUUCCUGUUUACAUGAAAGAUCCACAUGAUGCAGAACUUAUACGAAAAGCGAUAGAGAAGAACGAGUUUCUUUAUAAAAUAAUUUCUAAAGAACAUUUAGAUGAAGUAAUAUCUGCAAUGUACAAUAGAGAAGUUUCAGCUAAAGAGACAAUUAUUAAACAAGGAGAUAAGGGCAAGCACAUGUAUAUUUCAGCUAGCGGUACCUUCCAGAUCAUUAUCAAGGGUAAAUUGGUUGACGAAUUUAAUGAUGUCAGAGUGUUUGGUGAGAUAUCUAUUUUACAUAAUAGCAGAAGAUUAGCAACUAUCAGAGCAGCGACUGCUGGACGAGUUUGGGUUCUUGAUAAUACAGUAUAUCAACAAAUAAAGAUUAGGCACGCCAUAAAGCAAGAAGAUGAAAUACAAGAGUUUUUAAUGAAUAAUGAAAUACUGAAUGUAGUAGGAAAAGAAGCGUUACAAGUAGUUUCUACGUUACUUAAGUCUGAAUUUUAUAAUUCUGGUGAGAAAAUUGUCAAGCAAGGCGACAGAGGUGACAAAUUCUUCAUUAUCAGAGCAGGAACAGUAACAAUAACCACGGAAAAAGAUGGAAUUGUAGGCGUGUAUAAAAAAGGUGAUUGCUUCGGAGAGCUGGCUCUUUUAGAAGAGGAUUGCAGGAAAGCAACAGUUACAGCAAAUGCUCCAGGAGUUGAAUGCUUAACUCUGACAAGACAAGAAUUCAUAGCUCAUUUUGGAGAGGUUAAGAAGUUCAAAUAUAUCAGAGUGCCAGAUAAACCAAAAGAUUCAAUUCAUUCUGUCAAUGCUGAAUUUGAUGAAAUCGAUUUGAGAGAUCUGAAAAUAAAGAAAACAAUUGGAGUUGGUGGAUUUGGUAGAGUAGAAUUAGUGCAACAUGUGCAAAAUGACAAUAUUGUAUUUGCUCUGAAAUAUUUAAAGAAAAUUGAAAUUGUUCAGCAGUGCCAACAAGAACAUGUUUUCAACGAAAAGGUUAUUCAAAUGAGUAGCAGAUCGCCUUUUAUUGUUAGAUUGUAUAGAACUUACAAGGAUAGGAAGUAUGUUUAUUUUUUGAUGGAAGCUUGUUUAGGUGGUGACUUGUGGAGUUUGUUACAGAGACACAAAAAUAGGCGAUUCGAUGAAAAAGACGCCAUAUUUAUAUGUGCAUGCGUUCUACUAGCUUUUGAGUACCUACAUCAACGAGGUAUUAUUUAUCGCGAUCUUAAACCAGAAAAUUUACUUAUAGCUGCGAAUGGUUAUAUUAAGUUGACCGAUUUCGGAUUUUCAAAGAAGAUUGUAGGUGUGGGGAAAACAUAUACUUUUGCAGGAACUCCAGAAUAUGUAGCUCCAGAAAUUGUUUUAAACAGAGGUCAUGACAGAGCCGUCGAUUAUUGGGCAUUUGGAGUUUUUGUUUUCGAGAUGCUCACAGGAAGAACGCCGUUUAGAACUGAUGAUAGUACUCACAUGAAAACUUAUAACAUGAUUUUAACUGGAAUCGACAGUACUGCUUUUCCCACUUAUAUCAAUUUGAAAGCGAGACAACUCAUACAAAAAUUAUGUCGUCCAGUACCCUCGGAACGUUUGGGAAUGCAUAAAAACGGUAUUUUAGAUAUAAAAAAUCAUAAAUGGUUCGGAGGAGUUGAUUGGCAAAAGUUUGCAAAUUUACAUGUGGCCUCCCCAUUUAAACCAAAAUUAUCAGGACCGGCAGAUACUAAAUAUUUCGAUAAUUUUAAAAAAGAUACUGACAAUCCCCCCGAUGAAUUGUCGGGUUGGGAUGAGAAAUUUUAAUUUUUAGAAUUUAAAAAUAUUCUGAACUCAAAGUUAAUACAUGACUAAUCCAAAAGUGAUGUUAUGUUUCGCAUUCGUUUCGUCUAUUGUUGGCAUUUUGAUAUAGGUUAUUCAAAUAUUUGGAAUUAUGAAUUCUGCUUUUUAUUAACAUUAUUUAGUCAUAACAGUAUAAUUUUAUAUGGAAAUAGUUUUUAAUCUAGUUGCCACGAAGUAUAGAUACCAGGAGUCCGAGCGGUAUUGAAUUAAAUCGAAUAUAAACAGGGCCGAAUUAAGCUAGUGGCUUUGGGGGGCUAUAGCCAGGGGCCCCAGGUUCAAGAGGGCCCCAUCAUUUGGAAAACAUUCUGUAUUUUUGAAGUGUUGGUACACAAAUGUAAUUUAGUUUUUCUUUUUUCUUACAGUUUUUUUUAAUAAUCAGUGAUUUUUUAAGAGGUAUAGAAUUUGAUUUUGAAAAAAAAAACACGAAAAAUUUGGAAAAAUUGAUGAAAUCUUUAUUGAAAUCGAUAAAUCGAUCAGUAUAAUUUAAUGUUUGAAGAUGAUUUUAUGCAAAUGUUGGCCGCGGCUCUGCUUUAAUUAGCCCUUGCGCAAGGUCCAAUUUUGGCACACUCUCUCAAACAUAUGGGCCGGUAUUUCACGAAUAAAUGGUUCAAUUUUGGCUUUUAGUGCGUCAAUUGUUGCUGUAGACAUUAGCCUCAACAUGGCCCCACAAGAAAUAGUCCAAAAGUAUUAAAUCACACGAUUUAAUGCGGCCAAUUGACGGGCUCCAAACAUGAUAUAAACUGUUCAUCGAAGGUGGCUCUCAAUUUGACCAUUGUUUUGCAUGUCGUGUCGCAAGUGGCACCAUAUUGUUGAAACCACAUGUCAGGUAUUUCCAAUUCUUCCAUUUUGGAUAAAAAAAUCUUCAAUCAUCACACGGUAGCGCUCGCCAUUCACUGUAACGUUUCGGCUAUCGUUGCUUUAGAAGAAGUACGACCCGAUGAUGCUACCGGCUCAUAAUCCACACCAAACAGUGACUUUCGGGAUGCAUUGGUAACUCUUGCAAUGCUUCUGGCUGGUCUUCACUCCAGAUGCGGCAAUUUUGCUUGUUGACGUAUCCAUUCAACCAGAAAUGACCUUCGUCACCGUACACAAUUUUUCGAUAAAAAUGAUCUCCUUCCAACUUUGCCAGCGCCCACUCACCAAAUGUUAGACGUUGUGGGAUAUCGUGUGGCUUCAAUUCUUGCACCAGUCGUAUCUUGUAAGGUUUUACACUCAAUUGCUGCGAACUGCGAUGAAUCAACAUUUCACGGUCAUCAGUAACACUGGCGUAUACAGCGUGAUCUGUUAAAAACAGUAUUGCCAAAAAUAUAUCGGCAAAAAAAUCACUCGUUACAUAUAAAUGCUCAGGUAAUUUGGUAUUUUUUUAUAGCUUAUAUGCUAGUUAUUUUUCCCUUUCACUUAGUUCACAGUAUGAUAACGCCGCAUUUAGAAAAUCGCGCAAAACCAAUCACCAUACUCAGAAUCAUCAGAGACGUUAUAAGCAAAAUCCUCGAAGUUAAUAAGCGAAAAACCAUUACAACACAGGUAAAUUAGAAAAACGAAAUAGAUGCUCAGUUUGUGCUUGGACCAAAAACAAAGAAACAAGGAAAUUUUGAUUUACGUUCAGAGUGCCCAUUGUGAUAAUGAUCGAAUGCACUUUUGUCCAGAUUGCGCACUGUGAAUUUUUUUAUUGUAAAUUAUCGAGGAAAUCGAGGAAAUAUUCAUCAGGUAUUCAAACUUUUUGGUGCCAAUAUCUACAACGAUAUAUUUUUUCGAAAGUGUAACGCAUCUGGUAAGAAAAAUCUAUAAUCUUCAAAAUUAUUUGCUUAUCGUAAAUUUUCCAAUUUUUUAAUCAAAUUCCGGUUUUUCGUGUUUUCUUAUGUUUAUGAAUUGUUACCAACUUUUGAAAUUGGAAUCAUAUGGGUCAUAAAGUAGACAGUUCAAGAAUUUAGCGAGUAUUUGUUCAAAUUUUUCGAAUAUGUAUAAAACUUUAAAAAUUUGACUGUUCCAUGAAAGACCUAGUGUACACACAAAGUCCCAAAAUAUAUAAUGUACAAACGAAGGGCUUAAUCUGGAAACAUUAAUUGUAAAUAAUAAAUGCUAAAUGUUUAUAUUUUCCAUUAAUAGACAUUUGUCAAUUUUUGAAUAUAUUCUUACCAGUAAAUUUUCAUAAUUCUUAAUAGUUUUACAAGGAAAGAUUGAAAAUGAAUUGCCUCUAAACUCAAUUUCUUUUCGCUUAAAUCUAUUUUUUUGAAACAAAAUGGUUUGGUGCUGAUUUUUGUAUUAUGAUUUACUAACAUCGGAUGUUUUCUACUACUCAAAUUAUUUCUGAAACUUCUCGAUAUUAGUGAAUUGAAAACAUUUAUUGAAGUCGACGUGUCUCAAAUAUAUUUUUUCCAGAGCUGUCAAUAGCAACAAUAUUACAUUCGGAGUCCUUAUAUCUAUACUUCGUGUUAACUGCUUUCGGUACUCAUGGCUCUUUCUGACAUGGCUUUCAAAAUUCUCCUAAUUUGACAUCUGUUGUUGUUUGUUGUGCUUUCGUUUAUUAUUACGGUUUUUCCUCCCAUGAUUUCUCUUAUUUUCUCAUUUCAGUUACAUUAAAUUCCCCUCCAGAAACCAACUUCUUUGGUUUCAUUUCCACAUCUCGCACCGUACAACAUCACAUUCUUAGGGGUUAGUACAAAUACUUUGGACCAUAGGAAUGAAAUAAAUGUAUCCAUAAUUGCUUUUCCUUUACUUCUAAAUUGUUGAAUUCUUAUUUUCCUAAACCAAGACAUUUACCAAUAAAGCGCUUUAUUUUUUGUUCAAACACAUUCAAAAUCUUUGUUAUGGUUCACAAACUACAUGAGUUAAAAUUGAUUUGUUUAGAGCACAGAAAUUAAUCUACAUUAACUAGAAAUCGGUAUUUGGAUUAAAAAUUAUUUAUUUUAUUCAGAGAUAACCUAAGUUGUAAUAACUUUAUAAAAAUAAAUAAAUCAUCUCAUAU